AUGGCCGAUACAUUCGGCAGCUAUGUUGCUGCUGGAAAUCAGCAGACGAUAGAUCCCAAUGUGCUCUCUGCAUUACCAGACGUUGUGGAGGUAUUGGAAGUGGCAUACCACCAAGAGUCCGCCUGGGCAAAGGCUUUUCGACUUCAUGUGCGCCACAAGGAUGGGAGCAAAGAAGAUUAUUUCAUGAAAGUCUCUUUCGACAAUCACGGGAAACUGGCUCUCAUGGGCGAGUUCGAAUCUACAACGGCUAUCCACAAGAUCAUACCUGAAUUCUGCCCCAAGCCCAUCGGAUGGGGGACUUUCAAAAACGAUACGAAUUCCCAUUUCUACAUUUGCAAGUUCUACGAUUUCAUCGAGGGCGUACCCGAACCCAAUUUUUUCUGCGAGCAACUGGCUCGGUUACAUUCUAGCCACUCAUCACCAGAAGGCAAAUUCGGAUUCCACUGCACAACCUAUAACGGUAACCUUCCACAGGAUAACACCUGGUGCGAUAGUUGGGAAGCGUUUUUUGCUAACGGCCUACGCCAUGUUUUAAAGGUCCGCGAGGAUCGGGCUGGACACAACCCUGAGCUUGAUGAGCUUAUGCCUGCACUCUUCGACAAAAUCAUACCCAGACUCUUGCGACCACUGGAAAGCGAGGGACGAACGAUACGACCUUCGCUAGUUCAUGGAGACUUAUGGUACGGAAAUACAGGUAUUGUCGACGGAGAUACAGAUGAGGGCAUCGUUUAUGAUCCUGCCAGCUUUUGGGCGCACAAUGAGUAUGAGCUAGGAAACUGGCGCCCGGAGCGAAAUAAAUUCACUCGUCGCUAUUUCCAGGCCUAUCAUUCCCACAUACCCAAAGCCGAACCAGAAGAGGACUAUGACGACCGCAACGCUCUUUAUUCAUUGAGAUUUAACUUGCAUGCUGCAGCGCUGUUUCCCAACCAAGAGUCAUUUGUUCGCAUGGCAAUAGACGAGAUUCAAAGACUAGCCGAAGCGUACCCCGAAGGAUAUACCGGCGCACCGGCAUAG